CAUACAUCAAACGAGAACUUCAAAAGAGUGUAAGAAGGAGUUUGAAAAUGGAUUCUUCCAAAUUUUUGGUUGCAUUGACUCUCAUGGUCAUGAUGACCAUUUCCUAUGACCUCUUCACAGGAAUAGGAAUAAAUGCGAGAACGGUGCCUCCGACUUGCUACGAAGGUUGUAACACAACAUUUUAUACUCGAGAAUGUAACAAAAUGUGUGUGGGAUUGGCAUAUAAAAGUGGUAAAUGCAUGUAUCCUCCUCCUCUUGAUCAUAGUCUUCCUCCUCUUGAUGAUGGUCUUCCUCCUAAGCGACCUUACUUCCCUCGUUGUUGUUGUGACCCUAUCAUUCUUGCACCUCCUUCGUUUUGAUUGUUGUAUAACAGAACGAGCAAUUAUCAAUUAUAUACAAACGUGAAAAUUUUCAAAUUAUUAUUAUACAUA